CGACACGAACCCCUCGGGAUCUCCCCCUACUCCUCAGUCCUCGAGGUCAGAGGUGGUCAGUGGGAGUGGAACAGUGCGGCAUGACGGGGAAGGAGAAAUCCCUGCAAAUGCUUCAUCAUUCCAUGGGUGCGAGGGGGGAGAGUUUGGCGCCGUGUGACCAGCCGCAUCUCCUCGACACUGUGGCACAGGUCCUCCAGAGGCAUGAUUGGAGCUUCGAGCCAGUCAUCAAUCGGUCGCAGGGGAAGAAAAGAUCGACGCACGUGAAGAGACCGAUGAAUGCGUUCAUGGUCUGGGCUCAGGCGGCCAGGCGAAAACUUGCUGAGCAACAACCCACGCAGCACAAUGCCGAACUCUCCAAACUCCUUGGCAAGCUUUGGAGACGAUUGGAUGAAUCAGAGAAGCGGCCCUUCGUAGAAGAGGCGGAGAGGUUGAGACGAGUGCAUCGGAAAAUGCACCCGGAUUACAAGUAUCAACCGAGGAGGAAGAAUGCCAAUGCGACCAAGAACCUUCAAGCCAAAGACAGCGAGACUAAGAGCAGUCAAUCCUGCGCGAAUCAGAGAAAGAAGUCACGGACCAUUCCUUCUGCUGGACCUGGAGGAGGAGGAGGGAUGAGUAUGAUGGGGGAAAACGGAGGAGGAGUGCAUCCUGGGGGUGCUCUCCCACCGCCACCCUCUGGGGGUGGGGCCAUAGACUUCAGCCACGUGAACAUGGUGGAAUAUUUCCCGAGUGAGGGCUGCACCUUCGACGAGACCGAGAUCGACCAAUACCUGUCCCCGAACAAUUCCUCAUCUUCCUCUUCUACGGCCUCCAUGGUCUCCCCCUUGGAUCACCCUCACCCUCAUUCUCACCAUCACCACCACUGGGCACCCCACUAUCACCACUGGGGCGGGUAUACGGGCGGAGGUCCCGCCCCACCCCGCCCGUUUCAGACGGACCCCACCGGUUCUCCACCGGUGUACCAUGGCUACCCGGCCGGUGCACCCGGCUUUCAGACACCCUGGAACUGAACGAAUCCUGCGAUUCCUGACCACUCGUGUUCAGUUCCUCGACGGUGUACAGCCUCAUCCUCAGUUUAGACACGUCUGGUGAAGUCGGUGAAUCUCUCCCCUGCUAUUUAAUUGAGGCAUCAGUUGCUGAGCGACUCCACGAAAAAGGAACGAAAGAAAACGGUGCCUCUUGUGUAUUCUUUCGUAAUUCUGAUGGUGUGUAUCCUUUCAGAUGCAAUCCUUUUUUUCCCCCCAGAAGAGA